AUGGAAUCUCAAAUGAUGGAAAGUGAAUUCGAGUGUCCCGAAAUUGAAUAUGAACCAUUCAAAAUGCCGAAGAAAAUGGUGAGUUUUUUGAGGGCAAAGAAGAGGGAAAAAAAUGAGAAAUCCCAUAAAAUUUGAUUUGAACACAAAAAUAAUAUUUGUUUUUCAUGAAUCUGUCAAAAAAUUUGCGCCUAUGCGCACGCGAGAAGACAAUUUUUUGUUCAAAUAAUCAUUUUAUCUCUUUUCUCGUUUUUUUUGAAACAGUGGAUUUUUGAAGAUAUUUUUGAUCAAAGUUGUCUGAAAAUUAGAAAAAACAUAGAACUAUUUAUAGUUUUUGAGAUGAAUAUCAGGGUUAGAACAGUUUCAGUAAAUUGUUUGAAACAGUGAAUAUUUUUGAUGUCUUUCAUUUGAAUAUUCAAAAACAAAUACUGUUUUUUUUUGAAACAGUUCAGUUUUGGAAGAUGAUUUUGAGAAUUACAAAAAAUUAAUUUCCCAGAUUUUUCUGAAAUUUUUACUUGAAUAUUUUUUUCUGAAAAAUUGCAAUUUGUUAGUCAGUUUUUAACUUUUCAUUUUGUCUAUUCUCCGUUUCAUCCAAGAUAUAAAUAUCAUUUCUCACAAUUGUCAAAAAAAAAUUUUUGAAACAGUGAAUUUUCGAGAUUUGUUUUGAAACAGUUGAGCUUUGCAAAUUUAUGUUGUUGAAAUUCAACAGUUUUCAAUCUAUAAAAUUUACUGUUUUAAAAUUUUCCUAUCUGAGAAAAUUUGAAAACUCAGAUAUUUUAGAAUCACUGGUACCAAAAGGUUUCUCUUGAAGUUUCUUUUUUUUCAAUUUUAUUCAUCUACUGUUCCAAAAAGUUUAUUAUAAUUUAUUCCUGACAUAAAUCUACAGUAGUCCUAGCCAGCCGCAAUAACAUUUUUGUUUUCAACGAUUAGAUUGAAUUCCGAGAUAAACACCAUUUUUGGAACACUUUUUUUCAAACAUUUCUCAACAAGGUCAUUUUUUGUGUUAUGCAGAAAAAACUUUUUUUUUUCUCACACUUUGUAAGAGAAAAUGUGUGCCCAAACCCUAACUAAACACAUAGUUUUUGUUGUUAUUUUUUUGCGGGUCUAUUAUUCAUUCAAUGUAUUUUACCUGCCUGCCUCUCAGUCACAAACAAUAAUAUAAAUGGGAGAAAAUAUGCACAUUUGAGUGUUUUUCUAGGCUCUUCCUACUUGACAGAAAGAAGAACAAUGGAGAUUUUCUUUCUCUCUUUUUAGUCAAGUACGGACAAAUUUACUACUCUAUUACUAUUAGUUGUUGAUUUUUUGACUCUGAUUGCGAUUUCGCGGGUUUUUUGGCACCAAGAACUGUAUUUUAUCGUCACGGUCUGAAUUUUUUCCUUUUUCCAAAUCUCAUUUUAUUUUCAGAGUGGCGAGCUGGACGUGUUUUUGGACCAUUGCGCAUCGCUUUACAAUCUCAUUUUGGACACGUUGCACAAUUUGACGCCAAAGGUUAGUUUCUCUGGGAUUUUUUUGGAAGAGAUUUGGGAAAAAAUCUGGAAGUCUCUGGGUCUCUGAAAGUAUAGUUAUCUCUGGUGUUUUAGUUUCUAUGUGUCUGUUGAAAAUUUAGGAUCUCUAACUAUCUACAUGUUGUCUGUGCCUCUGUAUAUCUGGAUAUCUCUAAUUUUUUGUGACUGUAACUUCUCUGCGACUCCUAAAGACUUUAGGCUAAUGCUCUCUAGUUUAUAUCUGAUUUCUCUGGAUCUCGUCAAUUUCAAUUAUCUCUAAUCAAAUUAUCCAUUUUUUGACAAUCAUUUUGUCACGUGGCUUUUCUGCUCUCAACCCUUGAUCACUAUUUUUCAGUUCGUCGAAAUGUUGAAAUUGACACGUGGAUUUUAUAAAAAACCAGAAUUUCACACGUGGAUUUUCAGCUUGACAUUUUUCCUCUGAAACAUAUGUUUUCCAGAAAUAAUUGAAAGUCCAUAAUUUUCAACACUAGAAAAUUCAAGCUGUCAAUUUUCAGCCAAAAUUCCUAUAUUCAAUAUUCCAGACAAAAAAAAACUUUCCUGCUUCACUACGUCUCUCACAAAUUUACAUGAUCUCCUUAUUUUCUCUGCGUCUCUCUCCCUCUCUUUGUCUAUUUCCGAUUUUCCAAAAAUUCCUGCAAAGUAGAAAAAAACGUCGUAAAUAACACCAUUCUCCUUAAACUUUUUACCUACCUUUGCCUAUAAUAGUAUAUUUUUUAUGACCAGUUGUUACAUUUUAUGGCUAGUAUACUUAUGUGUGUUUUUCUCACUUUUUGAUACAAAUCACUUUUGUGUUGAGAUAAACAAAAUUCGUUAUUUUUGUUGAAAAAUGGAAGAAAAAUAGUGCAUUUUGGUGAUUAAUGAGUUUAUUUUGUUCUGAUGACACAAAAAUCGUAAAGUUGUCCUAACAUUUGUUGAAACAUCGUUUAUCACUUUUUUUUUUCAUUCGGAACCUGGUUCUCAAUUUUUUUCGACAUAUUUUCUCUCCCAAAAGAUAGAAUGAGCUCAGUAAUUGGAGCCAAGUGUAAUUAGAGAACAACCCCACAAAGUUUAUUAUUAUUUUUAUUUAUUUGUUGGUUUUGUAAGGGGUUGGGAUAACUUGUUGAGGUUUAUGCUCUUUUUCGAUACCCAGGGGAUUUUUGACAGCUUUUUUGGAUGGUCAGAAAGAUUUUUUUCUUUGAGUUAAGAUCAAGUUUUUGGAUGUUUCGGCAAAGAAAUUUUUAUGAUGUAAAAAAAUUCUCUGGAUUUUUCAAAUGAGAAUUUUGAUCUCUGAAAUUCCACAAGAAAAACCUUUUCUGAUCAUUUUUCAAAAAAUUUGGAGCUCUAGAAAUAUUCAAUAGAUAUGCUAGGGAUCGAAAAUCUAUGUGUCUAAAAUUGUAUACAACCGAAUUUCGACUGACUAAAAUCUCUACGCGUUCAUCCUGAAUUUUUUUUUUCAAAAAAAAAUCCUAGAUUCCUGUAUUUUCCUCUCUCGAGUCUUUCUUCCAUUUCUUCCCUGUCCGAUUCCAAAAAUUCUUACCAAUUUCUAAAAGUUUUUGCUCGAAAACAACAAGCUCAUCCCUUUUUCUAUUGUUCUUGCGUAAACAAUCUCCUUCUUCUUCUUCUUCCUUCUGCUCACAUAUUUCUUGCUCUUUUCUCGUUUUCACCAGAUAUAAGUACUCAAGUGCUCGAAACAUAUACUACCUUACAGUGUUAGAUAUGUGUAUAUUGUUUUACGCAAUGUAUAUAUUUGUGUGUGAAGAAGAAGAAAAAGAGAGAGAGCAAAGAAAAAGUAGCAUUUUGGAAUCAUGGCGUGUGUGUGUUAAUCUUUUUUGCACUCUCUCUAUUCUCUUUUGGAAAUUAUGCUCUUGCGCGAACUUUUUUCGUGAGCAGAAGGUGAAAAUGAAUGGAGUAUUGUUUUUGAUUUUUGGGUUUGGGUGACUUUUUGGAUUUGAAAUUCUGAAACUUUUUUCUCUCAAAAAAUCUAGAAACAUUGAAUUAUCAUGAGUUAUGCAAUCUAGUCUCUUGAAAUUUCUGAGUUUAGGUUUUUGAAUUUGGAAGCUGGAAAAUUAGCUGAAUUUGCAAAUUGGUUCCCGAUUCGACAAAUUUAGGCUGAUAAAAUUGAAUUGACCGACACCCAACACGCGGCAUUUUUUUUGAUAUUCCUUAUCUGCUCCAAUCUUUUGUCCAUCAAAUUUUGUUCCGUUUUGCUCAUUUUUCUGUUACACUCACCUAUGUAUCUUCCUAUUAGAAUGUUUUAUUAUUGUUGUUUGAGUGACCCCUUCUUCAUCUUCAUCUUCUUCUUCUUUCUCAUUCACACUCAUUAAUUUUGAUAAGAAAUUGACUCGAUUGUCACAAUAUUUGUAGUGUAAUUUUUUGCGUUGAGAUGUGAGUUUGUUGUGGCGGCUCGAUUUUUGAAACAGAAAAUCAGGAAAUUAUAGGUUUCAAAAAUUUUGGAUUCUUUCGAAUUUUGAUUAUUUUCUUGAUUUAUUUUUUUUGCGUUUUAACUAAAAACAUUGGAUUUCAGAAGUUGAUUUUUGGAUCAAAUCUACUUUUUUAGCACUUUAAAUUUUGAAUUUUGUAUUUCUUCUUAAUAAUUUUGCCACGUGGUCCACAAUUUUCUCCGAGAUUUUCCACAAAAAUCUCAUAAAUCAUCAAUUUUUCUGAACUUCUUACGCUUGUCAAAAAAUCUGUUUCCAUAUGUUAUUUUCUCAACCCAAAAAAAAACAUCUGAAAAACUGGGUUAUCUCAAUUUAUCACCUUUUUUCUUGGUUAUUGUUAUUAUUUUUUGUUCCUAUCGGCCUUCCUUUUCUUUUUUUUUUUUGACAUUAAAUUCUUGUGACACAUUAUAGAUCAGAUGCGAAUUGUACGAUUUGGUAAUAUAUUUUCUGGAUUUAUAGUAUUUUUAGGUUCCGCGUACUUUUUUUCAAUGAAAAUUAGUUUUUUUCCCGAAUAUUUUUCACUAAAAAUACGAAAAAAAAUGAAACAAAAGAGUUGAGUUGAAUAGCAAAAUGUAUACAUAUUUUUUAUUAUCAUUUUCUUAUUAUUUUUAUAUGUUAUUUUAUUAUACAAAUAAUAAUAAUAAAUAACUUGAGCCAAAGGAAAAAUGUAUCAGAUGUUUUAGAGGCUGCGACUGACUGGGUUGCUCAUUUUAGACAUCUGGUGGGGUUAUAUCUUUUUUGCUGUGUCUGUUUUCUGUUUCCCAUUUAUUUUUGUUAUAUAUGUUUGUUUUGGUAAUUAGGAAUAUAUUAGUUGAGAUUCUUUUUUGUUUCUUUUUUUCAUUAGGGUUUCUAAUGGUGUAGUUCUCUUGGAAGAAUUUUUGAAAAAUCAUGGUUUCAUUCUGCAGAAUUUUGAAAUUUUUUGUGCAAGUCAGCCGAUUUUUGAAUGCUCAGUGGAUUUAUAUUACAUCAGCUAAUCGAUUUUUAAUUAAAAUUCAAAAAUUAUACGUAUUUUUUGAAACAGUGAAAAAUUUCUCAAAAUUUUUUUUUCUAGAUUAAGCAAAAAUAAUUUUUGUUACUACUUUUUCUCCGAAACAGUGAGAAAAUGUUCUUCAAAAUUUUUUGCUUGACAAACCUCUUCAUCAAGAAAUAGAAUUUUGAUGAAUUUUUGAUCAAACCGCUUUUUUCUCUCCGAUAAAAGUAAAGUUUUUCGGGAUUUUUGCCUAGAAACUUGUUUUUACUUACCCCGAUUAUAAUAACAAUACAUUUAAAUUCGUAAGUAUUUCCGCUUGAUUUAACACCUUUUUUUCACGAUUUUUCUUGUCACUUUUUAGUGUUCUUCAAAUCUGCUUUCAUUUUAGUUUAGUGUUAGCGGAAGUUGGUUUUUAUUCCUUUUUUAUUAGCCCAAAUCAUCCUUUGAAAUUUGAAACUAUAUAAAAUAGUAUAAUUUAUUUUUAAAUUUUUCUUCGAGAAAAAAUUACACUUUCUUUUGUUUUUUGUUGAAAAAAAUGUGUUGCGAUAUUUUUUAGUUGCAUAUGGUGGCAUUUUGAAAGUUUCAUUUUAAAAAUUACGACCGAUUCAGAUUUUAUUGAAAUUUGGAACAAAAAUUCAGAUCAGAGUUUUUUCAUACUGUUUUCUCUGCUCCUCACUUCCUCUUACACUCUCUUGCUCUUUAUUCUCAUAAAUUAUUCCAAGUGUUAAUUGAAAGCUUCUCCUUUUUUCUUUUUUUUCCCGGGGUUCCAUUUAUUUUUCUGUCAUCAAUCCUUUUAAUGAGAAUAAAUCAUUGUUGGAUUAAUUAGGCAGAACAAAAGGGAGCCUUUGAGCUGGAUUUCUUAAGUGGGUUGUGGUCCUCUCUUUUUUCUUCUUCUUCUUCUUUCUAUUUUUCCUAUUUUCAUUGUGAUUUGUUUAUUUUAUUCUCUUUAAUCCCAUUCAUUUCUAUAAUAUUUUGGUUUCAUUUUCACUUUUUAUUUCAAAAAGUGAAAUACACUUUUCAAAAAAAUAACUUUGAAAAUUAAUCUAUCUGGUUAUGAGAUUAAAAAGUUGUGUUUUUUUUUCGAAAUUCCCAUAAAAAUUGAGCGUUUUUCAGACAAUAUCAUGUGAAUUUCUGGAGGAAAUGACAUCGAAAUUGGAAUUGUCGGCAAAACAAAUUGUUGAACAACAGCCGGAAUGCGAGAAUUUGGUGAGUGGUUUUUUUUUUUGGACUUGGGCUUUCUUUGGGCUGAGAAUUUGGAAAUUUGAGGAAACCUGGGUAGAAUUUCAAAUUUCGAACCCGAAUAAAUUUGGUUGGAUUUUUUGAAUAAAAAAUUUACUGUUUCAAAAAAUGGGGUUAUAAUUUUCAGUGUAUUAAUUUUUAUUCCAUCGAACCUGAUACAUUUAGAGCAAAAGUUCUGAAAAUUUCAUCUGAAAAUUGAACACCAACAAAAAUCUUUCAACCAGAAAAUUUGAAUUUUCUAGCUCAAAAACUCUUCUUCUCCUUUUUCUUCUUCAAAAAAUAAUAAAAUAUAUUUUUUGAAAUUCGAACCAAAAAAGCACCAAUAUUAUUUUUCUACAGGUUCUCCUCCGGCUGAACACAAUUUGCUCAGCAAUGGAACAACUUCGAGUUGUCCAAACACAUCAAAAUAAUAUCACAAAUUUUUGUGGCGGCGGAAGUGGAACUGGAUCAACCAAGAAUUCGUGUACUGAAAGUGAUGUUGAAAGUUUGCGUGAGUUUUUUUUUCGAAAUAUCUAAAAUAAAAUUGUUGGCCUAAAAAUAAAUAAAUUUCUCACGAAAAUUAUUUUUGAUCUACCCGCUAAACAAUCACAUUUUCUUGAUCGAAGUUGAAAAAAAAUCGAUUUCUAAAAAUUAUUAGGGCUGAUUCACGAACGAAAAAAAAUGUUAAAAAAUGUUUUUUUAACAUUGAAAUAUCAAUUCACGAAAAGUCAAAAAAUGUCGAAAAAACAUUGUAGGUCAAAAUUAGUUUUUCGAGUUUUUCAGCCAAAAAUGAUGACAAAUCAAUAUUUUUCAACCUUCUGGAGUAAUUUCUGAUGAAAAUAAGCUUCGAGAACCCUAUUUUGCUUUAUUUUAUGAAUUUAUUCGAAAUUCAUCAAAAUUUAAAAUUUUUUUAUUUUACGAAAAAUCAGCAAAAACUUCUGGAAAGUGAAUUCCAAGGUCAAUUUUCAUCAGAAAUCACUCCAGAAGCUUAAAAAAUAUUGAUUUGUCAUCAUUUUUGGCUGAAAAACUCUAAAAACUAAUUUUGACCUACAAUGUUUUUUCGACAUUUUUUGACUUUUCGUGAAUUGAUCUUUCAAUGUUAAAAAAACAUUUUUAACAUUUUUUUCGUUCGUGAAUCAGCCCUAUUCGAUCAAAUGUUCUAUUUCUAGUAAUUGCUCGCGUAAUUAAUUAAUUAAUCAAUCAAUCAGAUAAUUAACUUAUUAAUAAUGUUGUCUCGAGCUCGGUCUCAUAGAAAUAAUAUAGAGAUUUUGAAAAAUUUGAGAAUUGAGGAAAAUGUGAAAAGUGAGUUUUGUCCCAAAUCACUUCCCGAAAAAUCUGGAAUUCUUUUCAGCAGCUUCUUUGGCUUCUUCACCAAUCGAUGAAAUGCGCUCUUGGUUGCAUCGAAUUGAGAAAAAAUUGGCGGAAAAUGAGGCGAGAUUGAGAAUGGAGACGAAUUUGCACAAGAUUUUGGUGGAUCAACAGGUGAGGGGAUUUUUUGAGGGCAGGGAAAUCUGGAUUUUUUAAACACACUAUAGUCUAGUUUUGAAAUUUUUUUCAUAAAUUGUGAAAAAUUUUUUAUUUGAGAAUUUUAGAGAUGAUUUUGAAUUCAAAAUUUUAGGAUUCACAUGUUUUCAAAUAUUUCUCCAGAAUCUUAAGAGUUCCCUAAUUUCCAAAAUUUUCUUAAUUUUUACGGUUUCUAAAAUACUCUUCCAUAAGAACAACCAUAAAUUUUCCAAACAUAUCCGGAAACUUUCACUUUUUUUCCUCUCAAUCAUUUUUUUCCUCCAAAACUCUUCAACCCAAAAACCCGAAAUUUUCCCACGAUACAUUAAAUUGAGUGUUUUUCUUUGAAAACCACCAGGAAGGCCACUUAAAAAUGACAAAUAACCGACAUGAGACUUUUUUGGCGGUGCUUCGUCGCCCUUAGCCCUUUUUGGGUGGUCACAUAUUUCAUCUGUCACCCAAUUCGUGACUUUUUUCUUGCCAUUUUCAUGGCGUGUUUCUCUUGGUUUUUUUGAUGGAAGUAGUUCAGUAUCUAGUCUUUUUUGUUCGGAUUUUCUAGAAACGUUCCAAAUUCAAGAUUUUCCAAGAAAAUUUUGAAUCGUAUUUUUUCUUGGUUACUAUAAUUUGUCACAAUCUAAUUUUCCAAUCAGAAAAUAAAGUCAAAUUUUGGAUAAUCUCACACCUAUUACCUCUAUAAUCCUCUUAUUUUCAUUUCUCUCAAGACCAGGUGUUAAUUGAGUAUUCCACGCAUGUCUUCUACUACUUCUUUGAUGUCCUCUACUCUUUUUCAUUUUCUAGACACCAGCGGGUGUCAAUUCACCCAUCCGUAUAAUUAUUAUUUAUAUUUUCAUUCUACCUUUGGUGGUUGUGUGUGUUUUUUCAGUUUGUAUGGCCUUGGCUGUUUUGUUAUUCUAUUAUUCUUGUACCACAUUUUGGAGGUUACUGUAGGGCCCGGAGGAUCUGAGGAUUCAGAUUCUUGUCAGGUCUCCAUUUUAGUCCAAAUUUACCUGGCUGAACUGGAAAUGGUCCUGGAAUUAGUCUAGUUUUUUUUUAAUUUGAAUUCAAUUUCUAGAAAGCUUUUUCAGUUUUUCUCAUUUCAGCCUAAUUUUAAUUGAUGGACAUUUUGAGAAUUUUAUAUGAGCCUGAAAUCAGCUUUACGAAGUCUUCAAAAAAUAAUUUCAGAUUUCAGCUGAGUCUAGAAUAAAACCUCAUAUUUUUUCUGCCUAAAAAUUUUUCAGGCUGAAAUUUUUCUAGGAUGAUUUUCUGACAUGCCCAACUAUGCCUAAAACCAACCUGACCUAAUUAUUUCCGAUUUAUUUCCUUCCUCAACAAAUGUUAUUUUAUCAUCUUUAUUUUUUCCACUUGUCAAUCGAAAAAUGUACAUACAACAACUAGUAAAAGUAGUAUAUCAAAUAUACGUUUCUACUUUUUUCGCUCAUUUUUCUCCAACUCAUUCUCUCAAUAUCACACACUCUCUCGUCGAUAAAUGUUUGUAUACAAGAAGAAAUUGUGUAGUGUAUUUGAUUAUAAUAAUAUUAUUAUUCUUAUAAUAUCUCUAUCUCACUUAUAUUAGGAGGCAAAGAGGGAUACUGUAUAGAUUUCAAGUGUAAUUUGAUUUUAUCAUUCCAUCUCGAUGUUGCAUCGUGACAUUUAGGCCGAGGCUCUUUUUUAGGCGUACAUUAGGAUUUUAUAAUUUACACUACUACUUGAUCUUUUAUGUUGAAACAAGACAAAAGUUUUUGUGUUUUUUUUCCGCAUCGAAAAGCAGCUCAUGUUUCUCGUUUGUCCUUUCGUUUUUUUCAUUAUUAUUAGUUUUUUCUCGUCUAUUGUUUGACUUUUUUUGACGGCGACUAGAUACUAUUAUAUACUUUUGGUGGGAUUUUUUGAAAUUUAGAAAAAAUUUACUGUUUCAAAAAAUUCUGAUAUUUUUUCCUCAAUUAUUGAAAUUCCGGUCUUUUAUCAACAUUCAAAAUAAAUGUGUCGAUACAGAAAUUUAAAAAAAAUCAUUGAAAAGUUUGAAAUUUUGUCUGCUCCUUCAAAUAUUUCUAUGAACUUUUACACAGGAAAAUUAUCAGAUUUUUCAAAACUUAAAUAAAGUCCUUGAAAUUCUGAUUCUAUGUGCCAAUUUUUAGGAUAAAAAAUUUCCCAAUUCUUCAAAAAUUGUUUCAAAAUUUUUUUACUGUUUAAAAAAAUUAUCUUAUUUUUCCAAAAAGGUGAAAAAUCGAUCUUGAGGUUGAAACGAUCGAUUAGUAAAAUUUUUGGAAAUAUCGAAACAUUUUCAAAUUUGUGUUUCAAAAAUUACAAUUUCCUGAUCAAAGAAUUUCGAAUCUCUUCCGCACUGUAGUAAUCCAUCAUUUCCUAUUCUUAUUUUUUCCCGUUUUUUUCGAUCUAUUCACUUUUUUUAUCCCUCUUCCUGUAGUAUUAAUAUUAUAUUGUUUUGUUGUUUUUUUUUUCUCGCCGCACAACAAAUACAUACACAAUCUGUUAUUUGUUUUAUGAAACAUUUCUAUAGGUCAACAAUUCUUUUUUUUUUGAAAAAAACGAAUUGUGAAAAAAAGUUUAAAGCUUUUUUCUUUUUUUUUACGUGUGAAGUACCUUGUUGGUUCAAACAAAAAAUACAUAUAAUUUGAACGAGAUAUAAAAGUACACCACUUGUUUUAUACGUAUAUGUAUUCCCAUUCAUUUUUUCUGCCUCUAUGAUUCACCGUUCUUUUUUUUUGGCGCCACAUUUGGUGUGUCUCCUUAACUCGUCAUAUUAUAUUCGUCUCUUUUUUUGGCGUCCUGCUUUUUUGUGGAGAAGAACAUUUGAACUUUUCCCGGAUUUUUUGUUUUUUUUUUUGAGAUACAGUUCAAUUUUUUUAUUAAAAGGUUUUGAGCUAAAAAAAUUCAGACUUUGGCGAGAAGAAUUUUUUUUUCAAAUUAGAGGACUCCAAAAAUAAGCUUCAAAAUUUUCAGAUUCAAAUUCAGUACUGUAGUUUAGAAAAAUUAUAAAUUUCAAAUAUUUUUUAGUACAUGAUAAUGGUUUUUUGUCACUUUUCAAGAAUUCAUAAUAAUUCUAUUUUUCAACCUUUGGAAAUAUUCAGAUUUCUAUGAUCCUGAAGAAAACACUUUGGAUACUGACUACAGUAUCCAAUUUUUUCAACUUUUUCUCAUACAGACUUUUUUUUUUCGUAAUAUUUUUUUUGUGAGAAAAUCAAAUCGUUCUCCCCCUCCCCGUUCCAUUUUUUCUCAUUUAAUCGUAAUAAAAAGUGCAACUUGUCAGAAAAAAAUGAGCGUUCCACUUUUUUUUCAUAAACAUUCUCCAUUCGCACUCAAUCACAAUCGAUAGUAUAGUUUUGGUUUUUUCUACGAUAAGACCUGUCCCUAAUUUUUUUGACUAUUUUUUAUUUCACUCAAAAUGAAAUAACAACAAAAAGUGAAACUUUAUGAGUUUGUUUUUUUGCAGAAUCUUCAACUGGAAAUUCAACGCGACGGGCAGUUUAUUGUCAAUCAUUUGAACAGAGAGUUACGGUAUGUUGGGAAUUUUUUGAUCUACCAAAAACUACCGUAUUUUUGCAGUGAUCGAAACGCGAUUUUGGGAUUUGCUGACGAGAAAAAGAAGAAUACAAUUGAUGCGUUGACCAGAAAAUGGCACACAAUAUUUUUGAAUAGUUUAUCGUUGGUUUGUCGAAUUGAGGAACUUAUUAAUUAUAAGGUUAGUUACAGUAAUAUGCUCGGCGAUUUGGAUUAUUGUAGAUUAAUUCGGAUGCAGCAUUUUUAACAGAUUGCAUUGUGUUUUCGAAAUUUUUAAGGAAGCAUUUUGAAACGUAGAUUUUUGGGGAUUGGGUUUUUCCGAAGGGAUAUUGAUAGAAGAUGAUCUUACAGUUUGGGUUACUGUAACUAUUACAGUAAUCCUUGAUUUAUCCACCUUUCUCUGCGCUUCUUCUCUCUUCUCUAGCUUUUCCCGAAUUCACACAUGUGUUCGUCAUUAAUGUGUUAUUUUGGCGCCAAAAAACUUGUUUUCCCUCCCAUUUUUCGCCUCAUUUUGUACGGGUGCUAAUUAAUGGAACUUUUUUGUUGUAAAUUUCCCUGCGCGCGUCAAAAACCAAACUACUUUUUUCUUCUUCUUCUCUGAUUUUCACUAAUUACUCACUUUUUCAAAACAAGAAUAACAUUGAAAAUUCAUGAAGGACAUGUCGUUUUUCAUUUUGCUUUUAGUUCAAGGUUGAAAAUUUUUGGAAUUUUUGAUUUACCGCAUUUUUUCCCUCGUGGCUCAGAUGGUUAGCGCAUCAAUUAGUAAUUUAUACAGAUGAGUUCGAGCUCCGCCCCCUGCUUUUUUUUUGCUUUUCUCGAACAUCUAAACUAUCAAUCAUGAGAAAAAUGGGUGUUUAUUUUUGUUUUGAUAGAAAAAUGUGUGUAAUAAUGUGCUUUUUUUACGAGACAACUUUCACUUUUCAUUUUUUUUCGCACACAUUUUUUUCGCGAUGAAAAACCGUUUAUGUAAAUUAUGCCACCCAGACUUUGACUAGAAAUUUUGUUCGAUUUUUUGUCUCCUGGUCUGCAUAGUCGUAAAUUUUUGAGGUGUAAUGUAGAGCAAAUUGAGAAAUUUUGACUAACAGCUGCUUCUAUCUUUUGCAAAAAGUUUCAUAAUUUUAUUUAUUAUUAUUAUUAUUUUUACAUUUUUCAUGUUUCUUCGUGUUCUUCGAAAUAUCUGUCUGAUUUUGUACGAUUUUUGCGCGCACUCUGACAAAACGAAUAGAUGAGAUCAUAAAUAUUGUAUAUUUUACGACUUUUUUAGUGUUGGUCUUCGUUUCUUCGUGUGGUUUUCGUUGUUACUUUUGUGAAAUUGUGUAUAUGUUAUGAUUUUAUUGGGUUUUUCUCCAAAGUGUGACUGGUUUUGAAUAGGUGAUGCUGAUUGACAACAAUUUAAGUCUAGGCGCGGUUUCUUUGUAGAUAGUGGACUCUAGGGGCAGUUGCUUGGCGAGGUUGGACUCUAGGCGUUGAUCCUUGAGGAGUGGUUGAAGGCUUUAGGUGUGAUUUCUUGCAGAAUAUUGUUACCAAGCAGAGGUUUUCCUGGAUAAAAAAUUUCCUAGUACUUUGUUUUACCUUUCCAUUUCCUCCCAACCUUCCCUCUUUUUUCGCUUGAAAAUUCCGAUGAUUUAUUUACUCACAUUACCGCCAUUUUUUUCACUAAUGGGAUUUUUCUUAUCAAAGUUUUUUUUAAUUUACAAAAACUACUAUAUUUUCUGUAGUUUGAUUUUUCUACACGAAUCUUAUUUUGAAUCUCAUUUAAAAUUCAAAUUUCUCUGGGGACCACCUGUAAAUAAGGUAGAUCAAGAGUAUAUAUACCCUAUAAUUAAUUGGUGCAUAUUUAAUUUGUUAUUGCUGGUAAAUAUCCGGAAGAGCUUUCUUUCUGCGCGGCUUUUUUCUCAUUAUUUUUGUUAGCUUUCCUUUUUUGUUUGAACUAACUGUCAGUUUUGGCUCGCGCACUAUUUUUUGUGGUCAGCUUUUUCUCGACAAAAAACUCUCGAUGAUUAUUGAUUCCUUGUUCAUGAAUUUUUGUUUAGUUUAUCAUCAUCAUUCACACAGUUUUUUUGCUCGAUUUUUUUCAAUAUAUACAAAAAUGUAUUAUGUUUCGUUUCGCUCUCAAACACAAAUAUUUGAUUUUUAUUUGUCCUGUUUGCCGAAAGUUUUAGUAAGAGGUGAAUAACGUGUAAUUUAGUUGAUGUUUUAACUUGUUUGGAAGAGAAUUUUGCAUUGAGAGCGAGUGGAUUUGAGUCAGGUGAGUAGGAUUAGGUUUGGCUGAGAGCUGGAAUUUCCAAAUCUGAAAAUAAUUAUCAGAUUUUCAGAAGUACUUCAAUUUUUAGAUUAUCAGAACUCGAUUUUCUGGGCUUUACGAGGCUUAUUGUUGAGAAUUUAAAAAUUCACCAAUUUCAAAAUCUCGCUUUGUUAGAACCGUGCUUUCUAAUUUCAAAAUAGAUUUUUCACAUUUUUCGCGCACCUAAUUUUCAUUUCAAAAUUUAAUGUGAAAUGUCCCUGAACAAUAAUAACAAUAAUUGUUUUUACUAUUAUUUGUAUGUAUGUAUAUUUACCCCUCUCCUCCUUUUCCCUUUUAACCUACCUACCAACCUACUCAUUUCAAUUCACAAUUCAAUCCAAUUUUAAUUUGCACAGUUGCAUAAAUGUGUAAAUAAAUAGCUUCCCCGCAGGUUUUUCGUGUCACGCAUCUCUCUGUUUUUUGACACCAUAAGGUUUGGUUGUAAAUGAGAGAGGAAGAGCUCAAUUGUUGUUUGCUUUUGGGUCAGGAUGUGUAUGUAUUUUAUUACCAUUGUUAUUGGAGGUGCAUGCAGACUUGAGCUUGAUUUUUUUGGGUUUCCUGGGCUGUUUGGGAUUGCUCAUAUUAGGGUUAAGCCUAAAGAAUAUCACACGAUUUUUUUUGUUUAAUCUCUUGGUGAAUUCCCGAUUCUUAUAAUUAGAUGCAUCCAAACUUCCUCUAACUCUUUGAUCUUUUGCAGACCGCGUCUGACGAUUGUGACAGUGAUCCGGAUCUUGCUGCACCGCCCAUCAAAAGAUCACGUGUCAAAUCUGCUCCAGCAACACCAUCAGAAUCGCAAGACGAAGACGAAGACACACUUCCAUUUGCCGAAGACGAAUACGAAUCGAUAAAUAUGUUGGAGGGUUCGAAUUCCUCGUCAUCUGCGGCGAUUUCGCCGAGUUCUUCGGCUCCGAUUCAGCGAAAAUGGGAUAGUGUACAACAGGAUAUUGGGUAUUCGAGUGGCGAGAAUUCGAUUCAUGAGACUAUGAUGAUUCCGAAGACACCGGUUGCUGUUGUGACUGGCAAAUGCAAAAAUUUGUGAGUUUUUUUUUGGAAGCUGACAAGGGAAGUGCAUAAGGGUAGGUGUUGAACUUUUUGUGCAAUUUGGUACACAUAUAGAUUCGAACCUGCUGAUCUUGAAUCUGUUUUCAAAAAUUGCCACAAGUGCACCCAAAUGGUGUUUUGCGCCAUCAAAAAAUCACAAUUUUUUUCUUCGUUUCAUAUAUCAAACAUUUGCAACGAGGAAAAACAGGAGCGCGUAGCCGAGUGGUAAACACGCACGUCUCUUAAAUUUUAGGUCAUGGGUUCGAUCCCGCUUCAAGGCAAACUUUUUUUCAAUUUUUUUUCAAAUCCCUUUAUGAUAACUUGUCAAAACACGUUAUAAUAUUUAUGAUAACUGGUCGCAAAUGUUUUGAUUUGGAAAAAAAUUAGUGAAUGUUGCGUUCAAAAGGCAGAUGACUUUUAUUUUGAAACAAAAAAAACCAAUAAGAAUGGAAUAAAAAUGGAACUGAAAAAUGUUCUGAAUUUUUUUAAUUGUUAUGUUUCCAUAAUUUUGUUUUUUGUUUUCAUAAAUGGAUUUGCAAAAAAAAAUGAAAAAAAAAAAGUUUGCCUCGGAGCGGGAUCGAUCCCAUAACCUAAAAUUUCAAAGACGUGAAUGUUUACCACUCGGCUACGCGCUCCUGUUUUUCCUGCCUGCAAAUGUCUGAUAUAUGAAACGAGGAAAAAAUGGUGAAUUUUCGAUGGCGCCAAACUGCUUUUGGGUGCACUUGUGGCAAUUUUUGAAAACGAAUUCGAGAUCAGCGGGUUCGAAUCUAUAUGUGUACUAAAUUGCAAAAAAAGUUCAACACCUAACCUUAUGCACUUCCCUUGUGAGAGGGAUGAGGAAAAAACAAAUUGAAAAACUUAAAAUUAUCCAAAAAAAAAUGUUGACUGCUUCAAAAUUGUCACAUAAAUUUCCGAAUUUUCUGGAAAAAAUAAUUCAGAAGUCCCUUUCUUUUGGUGUUAUAAAAUUCUGGUUUUUGGACCUACAGUAUCUCCCGUUCACCAAACAGAUUUGCACUUUUUCGCAAAAUUUUCCCCUAUUUUUUGACAUACAUCUGGAAUCGUACUAGUUGUCGCAACAUGUGUUAACUCCUCGCGGUCUAUAUAUAUUUUAUGAUUUUGACUUGUCCGUCAUUUUAUUUCAUUUUUUUCUAUUCUUUGUUCGAACUAAGGAAAUCAGAAUUUUUUGAUUUAUUUUUUUUGGAAAAAUGUUGAGCAAGUUUGAAAAGAGGUGAGAUGUGGUUGAAACGUUUAGGUUUGGACUAAGUUUAGGCUUAAGAUCAGGCCAGGUUUGAUCCUAGAAUUGAUUCUAGAAACUAUAAGUCUUUCACAACUUCAGGCGUCCCAAUAUUGAACCCAAAAAUUUCCAAUAUCCAAAACAAGACCAAUUAUCUUCAAAUCUGUCAAAUUAUAAAACUUUCAAGUUUUUUUCUAAAUUUUUUGACCUUGAAAGUAUUUUUCUCUGUUUUUUUCUCUCACUCCUACCACAAAAUGAGAAGAAUUUGUAGUUGUUUUGAGGGCGAACAUUUUUAAACUACUAGGCAAUUUUUGAAAUUUGAUAUGCCUGCUGUCUUGACUGACCCAUCACAAGAUUUAUUAUCAUCAUCAUCACUUUUAUUAUGUUAUUUUCCAGAACUCCGGAGAAUUCGGAAAUGCGAAGAAAACGGAUUGAAUGCUCGCCGGUCAAGGCGUUUUAUAGAACUGUGCAAUUGGAAGAUAUGUCGGAUUUGGAAGUUAGCAAGGUUGGUUUGGCAUUUGAGUUUGGGUUUUUGGGCACAUAUAUUGACUAGGGUGUUUUAAACGAAAUUAAUUGUUAUUCAAAAUUUCAAAAAAAAAAAUCCAAAAAUUUUUUAAAUAGGAUAAAUCCAAACUUUUACUAGGAUUUUCAACACCAAAACAAAUUUCUGAAAACCUGAAAUAUGUACGUUUCAAACUUGGAAAUAUUAAAUGAUAUGUUGAAUAUUUUGAAUUCUACAAAAAACUAUGCAAAAGUUUAUUAGAAUAUUCGCAGUAAAAUUAAAUUCCCCUGAAAUUUCCAGGCUAUAAAUCAUGACGUGGAAGAUGAGCCAAAUUUAUCGGAUUCAAUGUAUGUCAACCAUGAUCUAUCCUUCAACAACACUCAAAAUAUUUCGAAUUUAUCGGAAUUUGAUGAGGUUAUGGCAUUGUACGAUGAUUCAAUGUUGCCGACUGAUUUGGCACAAAUGUCUGAAAGUUUUAACACGAAAUGGCGUGAAAUUCAUCAUCGAGACUAUCAUAAAUCGAGACGAAGUUUGACAACAACAACAACUAUUGAAAAGGUAUAUAGAUUAUAUUUUGGGGGCAAAUAAGAAAAAGGGGGGGGGUGACAGGUUGAUUAAUUGGAGGGCUAAUAUUGGAAGGGGAGAAGGUGGAUAGAUUUAUCUAUCUUUUUUUUGUAUUUUUGGUGGAUAGUUUUUUUCUAAUUUCUAAAAUGGAAACGAUUUUUGAAGAGAAGGUGAAUUUUUGGGUGUUCAGAGAAUUUAGAAAAUUAUUGAAACCAAAGGUUAUUCUUCCCGACCCCAAACUAAGCUAAGCCUCUCAAUUUCUUUUUUUUCAGAGCUCUUGUGAUGCCUCGUCCGAAGAUUCAUCAGAAGGUUCGGUUCAAGAUGAUGAACAUGAUGACCAUCAAGAUCUGAUGAAUAUGUCAUUCAACUCAGUUUUUGAGAACUCAUCAACGUCACCACUCAAAAGACAAAGAUCUGGAAGAGGUUUGAAGAGUUCGACAUUCCUUCUCAACACCAUCGACAUGAAUGGAUCGAUAUAUUCAACAAAAUCCGAAUCGCCGUGUGUUGCCGCCACAUCUGAAAAACGAAUGUCGUUGACGCGUCGCAAGUUGCGUGUCAGACGUAUGCCACGUAGUAUGAGCGAUGGCGAACAACUCGGAAUAUUCUCGUCGAAUUCCGAUGGUCUUGUCAAGAUUCAGAUUUCGCCACCAAGAUCGACGACUCAAUUAUUGAGACAAUUGGAUGAUGAUUUGCAACACAGUCAACAGCAACAAGAUGAGGGAAGUAGCAGUGAUAAUCAACAAUCGGAUUCGGGACAACAACAAGCAUAUGAGUGGGAUGAGUAUAAUGUGAGUUUUAUCGGCAAUUUUUGACUGCAUCUUAAGCCUAAAGCUCUAACUAUGUAUAUGUAGUCCCCAUUUUGAAAUUUGUACUGUUAUCCAGAAAUUUUGCACAGUUUCCAAGAAUUUUGAUAUAUUCUGCGUCUCUUUUUCUUUUUUUCUAUCUCGCAUUCAUUUUUCCCAAACAAUUUGUUGGAAACUGUCAAUAUUUGAUAAUCUACUUUUUCCCGUAUUUUUUACAAACACAAAACACAACAUUUUUAUCACUUUAUUUAGUAGUUCUUCUUUUUUGGAUGCCCAUAAAAUCUCACCUUUUGUCUAUUUCAAACCAUGGCAACAUAUUGAUUUUCUCUUUGAAACGUAUUUUGUUUUUGGUCCUCUCCGCCCUCCUUGCUGACCUGAAAUAAGGUGUAAUUAAAAGAGGUUUUGCCCCCUGCCAGCCAGGUGUUCACGAUUAUUAAUUCGCGCAUGUUAUUCAUUAGUUUAUUUGCUUAUUUACACCCUACUUUUUCACCAGAGAAAUAGAUAGAAAAUAUUGGUUUUAGACGCUAAUUUUAUGUUUUUCAGCCGCCAGAAAAAGACGAUUCGAAUUGCGUUGAUCCGGCUGACGUCACUAACAACACUAGCAUGGAAUUCUCGCAAAUCGAUGAAGAUUUUUCGGAGCAUUUUGGAAAUUGCUCAAUGAUGAGAUUGGUUGAAGAAUCGAAAAGUAAUUUGAGAAUUGUGAAAGCUGCGUUGGAAGAUGAAAAGAAUUUGGAGGAACAAUUGGCGAAUUUUGAAUUGAUUGCCAGAAUUAACUUGAAACAACUCAGAAUGCAAAAACAAUCGAGAGAUCCACAAAUAUAUGAGUUGGCUGAAGAAUGGGAGAAGAUUCAUGAAACGGUUUCUAAUCCAUUUUUGCGGAUUAUGCAACAAGUCAAAAAGUUUGCGUCGACACUUCAAGAAGUUGAUACAAUUGCUGCAUUUAAUGAUUUUCAAAAUAUUGAGAAUCGCGAAGAUGUUACAAAAGCGUUGGAAAAUUGUCGAAUUAUUGAAAGACGUCUGAGUUUGGAAAAGAGAACAAUUGGGAAAUUUGAUUGA